GAAUUAACUUCGAGUCUGCACAGUUUUAAGAACAAGGCCUUUAAAAAAGCCAGAGUCUGUGGGGUUUGCAAACAGAUUAUCGAAGGUCAAGGGAUUUCAUGCCGAGCCUGCAAGUAUUCCUGCCACAAGAAAUGUGAAGCCAAGGUGCUGAGUCCCCACUGUGCUCAAGUCCACCUGGAACAGACUCCGGGGGCAUCCUCACCACCUGCUUCUCUGUGCUGUGACAAACCAUCCAGGCCUGCAGGGCUGAGCCCCGCCAUGGAGGACGGCCGCGAGCUGGACCUCACCUACAUCACCGAGCGCAUCAUUGCCGUGUCCUUCCCCGCGGGCUGCUCCGAGGAGUCGUACCUGCACAGCCUGCAGGAGGUGACGCGCAUGCUGCGGUCCAAGCAUGGGGACAACUACCUGGUGUUAAACCUUUCGGAAAAGAGAUAUGACCUUACAAAGCUUAACCCAAAGAUUCUGGACGUGGGCUGGCCAGAGCUGCACGCACCGCCCCUGGAUAAGGUGUGUACCAUCUGCAAGGCGCAGGAGGCCUGGCUGAACAGCGACCCCCAGCACGUGGUCGUCAUUCACUGCAGGGGCGGAAAGGGACGCAUCGGCGUGGUCAUAUCAUCUUACAUGCACUUCACCAAUGUCUCGGCCAGUGCUGACCAAGCCCUCGACAGAUUUGCAAUGAAGAAAUUUUAUGAUGAUAAACUUUCAGCUUUAAUGCAGCCGUCCCAGAAACGGUACGUGCAGUUCCUCAGCGGGCUCCUGUCGGGAACGGUGAAGAUGAACGCCUCGCCCCUGUUCCUGCAUUUCGUCAUCCUGCAUGGGACCCCCAACUUCGACUCUGGCGGAGCCUGCCGGCCCUUUCUCAAGCUCUACCAAGCCAUGCAGCCUAUGUACACGUCGGGGAUCUACAACGUCGGCCCAGAAAACCAAAGCAGGAUCUAUAUCGCCAUAGAGCCAGCCCAGCUCCUGAAAGGGGACAUCAUGGUGAAGUGCUACCACAAAAAGUACCGCUCGGCCACCCGAGACGUCAUUUUCCGCCUGCAGUUUCACACCGGGGCUGUUCAGGGCUAUGGACUUGUGUUUGCAAAGGAGGAUUUGGACAACGCCAGCAAAGAUGACCGUUUUCCUGAUAAUGGGAAGAUUGAGUUAGUCUUCUCAGCCACUCCUGAGAAGAUUCAAGGGUGUGAACAUUUGCAAAACGACCAUGGGGUGAUUGUGGACUUCAACACGGCAGACCCACUGAUCCGCUGGGACUCGUACGAGAACCUGAGUGCAGACGGUGAAGUGGUGCACACGCAGGGCCCUGUCGACGGCAGCCUUUAUGCCAAGGUGGGAAAGAAGAGCGCCUCGGAUCCCAGUGUCCCCGGUGGGUCCCCCGCUGUCCCGGCCGCCAGCAGCCCAGACCACAGCGACCACACCCUGUCUGUCAGCAGUGACUCGGGCCACUCCACGGCCUCGGUGAGGACCGACAGGACCGAGGAACACCUGGCUCCAGGACCCAAGAGGGGCCUGAGCCCCCAAGAAAAGGCCGAGCUGGAUCAGCUGCUCAGUGGCUUUGGUCUCGAAGAUUCUGGAAGCCCCCUCAAGGACAUGAGUGAUGCUUGCAGCAAGUACAGCGGGACCCGCCACGUCGUACCAGCCCAGGUCCACGUGAACGGAGACAGCACCCCCAAGGACCGAGAGACGGACAUCCUGGACGACGAGAUGCCCAGCCAUGACCUGCACAGUGUGGACAGCAUCGGGACCCUCUCCUCCUCCGAGGGCCGCCAGUCAGCCCACCUGGGCCCCUUUACCUGCCACCAGAGCAGCCAGAACUCCCUCCUGUCUGAUGGAUGCAGCGGCACCGCCGGUGAAGAUCCGCACGGCGCUCUCGCCCCGGACCUGGGCCUCGCCGUGGAGCCCCCGUUCGAGCGGGAGCAGGCUUUCGGGAGCCGCGAGCCCAAGCAGCCGCAGCCUGUGCUCAGGAAGCCCUCCGUGCCCGCUCAGACGCAGGCCUACGGGCAGAGCAGCUACUCCACGCAGACCUGGGUGCGCCAGCAGCAGAUGGUGGCCGCUCACCAGUACAGCUUCACCCCCGACGGGGAGGCCAGGCUCGGCGGCCGCGGCACCGCUGACGGUUCCGGCCUGGCGCAGACGCAGCCUAGGGUCCCGCUCACCCCUACCCGGGGGGCCAGCAGCAGAGUGGCCGUCCAGAGGGGCAUAGGCCCUGGGCCACAUCCCCCCGACACGCAGAGACCCCCUCCCGGCAAAGCAGCGCUCAAACCCAGGAUUCCAGAUGUCAGAGUCGUGAAUGGUACUGGCCCGGAGCUGAGCACAGACCCUUCCCCUGGCUCACCCACCCUGGACAUCGACCAGUCCAUCGAGCAGCUCAACAGGCUCAUCUUGGAGCUGGACCCCACCUUUGAGCCCAUCCCCACCCACGUGAACAUGCUGGGUAGCCAGGCCAACGGCCCCGCAGCCCCAGACGGUGUGGGAGGUGGGCUGCGGGCGAGUGGCCGCCUGCAGGACACGGGAGAAGGCCCUGGCAGGGCCCCUGCGAGGCAAGGAAGUUCCGUGGAGGCUCCGCUGGUGGGAAGAUUCCGGAAGCUGAGCCUCGAGCAGUAUGACAGCAAUGCUGGGGAGCAGCCAGCCUUCUCCACAUGCGGCUGGGGAAAGACUAACAGUGCGGAACAGGCCCCAAGCCUGGCGCCUUUUCUCUCUUCAGACAACGCCAAAGAGGCGGUGAUCACCACGUAUCCCCCAGACCUGGGUGUGAUCGACGGCAGGAUCUUCUCUCCAACCAGCAGUGGCAGUGAGUCCAUCUCUCCCACACCAGCAUUUCCUGCGUCUCCAGAAACGCCAUAUGUGACAAGAAGCCCACGUUAUCCUCCGUUCAGCCCAUCCGGGCCGCAGUUGGGCAGCCCCAGCGGUCUGUACAAAGGAGCUCCUGAACCACGAGGCUGCCCUGAGGUUCUCGGUCACUCUGUGGGGAUGUCAGAGAGCCCCGUUGGACCCAAACCUGCGACGCUCCGGGCCGACAUGCCCACGGCGCCCUCCUUCCAGCGGGCGUUCACAUCCUCCUGCACGAUUUCUGGCCGCAGCCCCAGCCAGCGGAGGGGGAGCCCUUCCUCGGCCGAGCACCAGUGGGUGGACACCAGCCCCAGGUCCACGCUGACCCUGCUGGGGAGCAGCCGGCCCAGCAAGGACGGCCCUGGGCGGCCCCACUUCCCGCCAGCUGAGCUCCAGACGUCCUUCCACGGCCACGAGCUGUCCCUGGCAGAGCCGCCGGAAGCUCUGGGCCCCCCAGGCAGCCAGGCCUUCCUGAGCUUCGGCCCUGCCCCUGAAGGAGGUGGGCUCCCCCCCGGCGAGGACCCGGGGGCCUUGCUGGCCAAUUCCCACGGAGCGUCCCAGGCCCCCGGCACCCCGCGGACAGCAGCUGAGGCUGCCGACAACGGCUUCCUGUCCCACAGCUUUCUCACGGUGGCACCUGGACAGAGCAGCCACCACAGCCCCGGCCUGCAGGGCCCGGGGCUGACCCUGCCCGGGCAGCCGCCCCUUCCCGAAAAGAAGCGGGCCUCGGAGGGGGACCGUUCUUUCGGCUCGGUGUCUCCAUCCUCAAGCGGCUUCUCCAGCCCUCACAGCGGCAGCACCAUGAGCAUCCCUUUCCCAAACAUCCUCCCGGACUUUCCCAAGGCUGCGGAGGGAGCUGCACCUUCCCCAGAUAAUCCAGGUGAUAAGCACGUGUCCGUGAACUUUGUCCAAGAUACAUCCAAGUUCUGGUACAAGGCAGAUAUCUCCAGAGAGCAAGCCAUCGCUAUGCUGAAGGACAAGGAACCCGGCUCAUUUAUCGUCAGGGACAGCCACUCCUUCCGAGGCGCCUAUGGCCUGGCCAUGAAGGUGGCCACGCCCCCGCCCUCCGUCUUGCAGCUGAACAAGAAAGCUGGAGAUUUGGCCAAUGAACUCGUUCGGCAUUUUUUGAUCGAGUGCACCCCAAAAGGAGUGCGGUUGAAAGGGUGCUCCAAUGAACCGUAUUUUGGGAGCCUGACGGCUUUGGUGUGUCAGCAUUCCAUCACGCCCUUGGCUUUGCCCUGCAAACUGCUCAUUCCGGAUAGAGACCCGUUGGAGGAAAGAGCCGAAAGUUCUCCGCAAACGGCCGCCAACUCUGCAGCCGAGCUGCUGAAGCAGGGGGCAGCUUGCAACGUGUGGUAUCUGAACUCCGUGGAGAUGGAGUCCCUCACGGGCCACCAGGCCAUCCAGAAGGCCCUGAGCAUCACCCUGGUCCAAGAGCCGCCUCCUUUGUCCACGGUCGUGCAUUUCAAGGUGUCAGCCCAGGGCAUCACCCUGACGGACAACCAGAGGAAGCUCUUCUUUCGGAGGCACUACCCCGUGAGCGGCGUGAUCUUCUGUGCGCUGGAUCCACAAGACAGGAAGUGGAUCACAGACGGCCCUUGCUCAAGAGUCUUUGGAUUUGUGGCCCGGAAGCAGGGCAGCGCCACAGACAACGUGUGCCACCUGUUUGCAGAGCAUGACCCCGAGCAGCCGGCCAGUGCCAUCGUCAACUUCGUGUCCAAGGUCAUGAUCGGCUCCCCUAAGAAGAUUUGA